AUGCCCAAGACCGGAUCCAUCAGCCAUGUCUCCCUCUCUGUCUCGGACUACGAGGCCAGCAAGAAGUACUACACCUUGUUGUUGGUGGACAUCCUCGGUUACAAGCAAGUCGCCGACCACCCCUACUACUGCAUGUGGAGCCUCUCCUCCGGCGAAUCCAUCUGCAUCUCCCCCGGAAACAAGACCCCUCACCACAAGCAGAACCCCGGCCUCCACCACUUGGCCGUGCACGUCGGCACCAAGGAAGAAAUCGACACCGCCUACCAAAAGAUUCUCAAGUUCCAUGAGGAGAACAAGUCCCUCACCGGCUGCUCCAUCCUAGAUGCUCCUGCUCUCUACCCUCAGUACGGUGAGGGUUACUAUGCUGUCUUCUUCACCGAUCCCGACAACAUCAAGCUGGAGCUCGCCUACAUCCCCAACGGACACUAA